AUGGAGCAAACCAGCCAGAGUGCAACACUGAACGAGAUCCUAGCCACUCUCAAAAGCAUCCAGCAUGAUCAUUCAAAGCUUUCACUCGCAGUCGAUACAAUAAGUGCGCGUGUAGACAAACUUGCGGUUGCUGAUCCUAAAACAAUCGUAACACAUUCUAAGGAUGCUACCUCAAAUCAACCAACUUCUAUCCCCUCUACGCCGACUCAACCCUCGAAACCCUCCAUUUCAAGCGAGGAUGUGAGCGCAAAAGAUACUAAGCGAAGUCAAUCUACCACGUCGCGCAUCAUCUUGACAACCUACCCCGGUCAGUCGGGUAUAGAUCCCAUACCGAUGGAUUGGGGUAACAAAGAACCCAUUCGACGAGGGCCAGUGGUCGUGAGUCGACAUCAAAACACUGUCCGGAGACGAAAUGCAAUCGGUGCUCACGGCGGUUCGUAUGCUAUAUAUCAUGCGCUGGCGGUCGCAAGCAAGCACUUGGACCUUGAACACAGACCGGAUUUCACGAACACCGAGCCAGCUGCAAACAUUGGACCAUUUCCGCAAUGGGCUGAUAAGAAGAAGAUUGUAUCUAUGGACCCGCUGGGGCAUUUGGCACCGUGGAUCUUCAAAGAUAUUAUCACAAAGGAGAAUAUCGAUAUUCGGCCCACGAUCGCGGUAACGAAAGCACAUAUGAAACUACCGGAGCUGGAACAAAGUGUGCGUUCAGGGCGCUUGGUGCCAGAUGGAAAAAUCUGCCUAAAUGAAAUGGGAGAAUUAGCCGUCACAAAAAUAGCCGUGGAGCCAGUUUGGUAUUUGCCCGGCGUCGCAGAAAGAUUCGGAAUAGAUGAGGGAACGCUCCGCCGCGCCCUUUUCGAGGUCACUGGAGGCUCUUACCCCGAGCUGAUCACCAGAGGAGACAUUAAACUCUUCCUUCCACCGAUUGGCGGGUUGACCGUCUACUGUUUCGGCGAUCCCGCAAAAAUGUCUGAUCCCAACGUGCGCCUUGCUCUUCGUGUCCAUGACGAAUGCAACGGGAGCGAUGUGUUCGGUUCAGAUAUUUGCACUUGCCGUCCUUACUUGAUUUUUGGAGUAGAGGAAGCGGUCAAAGAAGCGCAGAAAGGAGGGAGCGGCGUAGUAAUUUACUUCCGCAAGGAGGGUCGUGCACUUGGCGAAGUCACCAAAUAUCUGGUGUAUAAUGCCAGAAAACGUGGCUCGGAUCGUGAGAACCCUAUUAUAGUAUUGCAUUGGCUGGGCAUAACGAAGAUCGAUAGAAUGCUUAGCAUGUCCAACAUGAAACACGAUGCUAUCGUUGAACAAGGAAUACCAAUUCUUGAACGAGUCCCAAUUCCCGAUGAAUUAAUACCGGAAGAUAGCCGCGUCGAGAUUGAUGCAAAGAUACACUCUGGUUAUUCUAGCAUUGAUACGGGUCGUUAUUAG